AUGACAGCACUAGAUUCUCGAAACUGGGGAUUGACACCCGCUAUGGAAACGGGCUUGUUCCAGAAACCACAGGACCGUAUCUUUAUAAUAGAGCUGGAAAAUUCCAUAGUGUCAUUCAUAAACUCAAACACAGAAUCAUUUCAGCUAAGACCGAUGAAUUCAUAUUAUAGGCUUCUAUCGCACCAAAUAGCUGAGUACCACAACUUGAACCAUGUUUUGGCAAGAACUCAAGAUAGUUGUGUGAUUCUUUUCAAAGGUGAGAAUUUCCAAAAGAUUGAAGGAAAGCCACUCUUACAAGAGUUGCAGCUGAACAAAAAACCGGAAGAGUGUGCUUCCUCAAGUGAGAGUAUUGAAAAAUCGAACAAUAACAGAAUAUUUCGAAUCUUAAAGCGGAAAGAGGUAGGUAACGAGUGCGAUUAUAAAAUCGAUGGCAAUACACGUACACCAAAUAGCAAUUUGACAGCCAAUUCAAAUAAGGACCAAAAAAUCGAAAUCGAUGAUAAAUCUAGUACUGAUUUGGAACAAGAAAGAAUUGAGAAGGAAAGACUUUAUGAACAACGUAAACAAGAAAUUUUUGAUAAGCUCAACAAGAGUGAAGACGAUGUAAAGUCAACCAACAGUAGCGGUAGUAGUGAUAGUGACAAUGAAUGGAGUGAUUGGUUGAACGGAGAUGACUCUAACACACAAACUAGUAACGGUUCAGUUAGCUCUUCAUCACCAUUCAAUUCAUCUGUGACGACGAUACAAGUAAACAAACCUCAACAACAAUUUUAUGAUAGUCGAAGAGGAAGAGGAGGAAGAAGAAGAGGAACAAACAAUUACAAAGAUGCCUAUAGAGGCCAAAGUCGUCGGAAUAAAGAAAACGGCGGUUACCAAUCGGGAUAUUCUUCGCCAUAUCUUGUGUAUCCUCCUCCCCAAAUGGGUGGCAAUAGUCUGCCAACCUACCCUCUAAUGUAUAACCCCGCUGGUCCUGCCCCCGGUCCUGCACCUUCACCCAUGGUAAUGGGCAAUAACACAGUCUUCAUGAACCCUUACAUGUACAAUAUGAAUCCCCAAGGGUCCUGUUCGUUUGGCACCCCAAUCCCUAUGUAUCCCCCAUACCAAUAUCAAUAUCAAUACCAAUAUAACACUCAGUAUCACAGCGGGCCAUAUAGCAAUACACCAAGCUAUAAUUCUAACAAUUACACAAGAUCCUCAGCAAAUAAGUACCACCAUUUUCAAGGAAAAAAUUCAUAUUCUGGUGCGAUUCCGAAACGUAGUGAUGACAGUAACAGUAAUAAGAAUGAGGGAAUUCGUAGGGCUAGUGUUGAGGGUUCGCCGUCAUCUAGGGAUACUGAUUCGGUAGAGAUGAAAUUUGAUAAAUUAAACAUUUAG